AUGAAGUUUACACUUCAAAGAGAGAAUGACAUGGAGAUGGACAUGGAAUAUUAGAAGAGAUAUCAGAAUAUUGGCUACUUUUAUCAACUACCAGAUGCAUUCAUUCUUAUAUAUAAACCAGGUAACGAUGAUAAAUACUGGAAGAAUGUAGAUUACCCUAUUCUAAAGUAGUGGAUUGAAACUAAAACGAUGAAAAAGCAAGAUUGGAUAAUGCUCGUUUAAUUUGAUAUCAUCAAAGCCAUAGAUUACAAUGAAAAAAAAUUAAAGAAGAUUUUUGAAAAAAUCGUGAAUCAGUUUACUAAGGACUAAUAGCUUAAGAUUUUUAAGUUCAUUUAAAACAAGGAUCCUAAUAUUGACAUUCCAGCACCUUUGAAACAAGAGGAUAGUUUAUGCUAGAAACAAAUUGCGAAGCAAUUGAUAAGAUCUCUAUAAACCAACCUAGAUGAAAAAAUAAAUUUUUAUGAGAGCUAAAUUCUAUAUCAAUAGAUGAAAGCAAAAAAUUCUCCACAAGAUUACUAUAGCUAUUUGAGCUUAAUGUUUGGAAAAGUUUAUCUUUUAGUUAGGAUAGGCUAAUUAAGAACUGCUUUUGAAAUACUUCAAAGCAUUUCUGAUGUUUUAGGAGAUAAUUAGAGAUUAUUUAUUGAGUAUGAUAUAAAUAAAGAUAUCAAGAAAUUACUGGUUGAUGAUGUAAUCUCUGGAGUCAGGCAUUUAACUUAAAAAUUUAAUUUAUGGGAUUGGAAUCAAUAUCAAGUUAUUGAACAUAUUUAGACUUCUCAAAAAGUUUCACAAAUCUAAGUAUUCUAUUGCUAUUUUUGGACUGUUUAUGUAAUGUUUCAAAAAAUAACAGUCAAGCCUUAGGAGAUUUUAAUGGAUUCCGAGAUAAAUAUAAGCAAAGAAAAAGAAUAAAGUAUUAAAGAAGCUCUCUUGAUUGAUAAAUCAUGCUCUGUAGAAGAUUAUUUGAUCUUAGAAUAUGAUAAACUUUUCUAAUAAACUAGUUAAUUUGGAGAGAGAUUGAGAUAGGCCAUAUAAAUAAGAAGAUCUUAAUUCAAGGAUCUGGGAUAGUCUAUUUAAAUCAAAGAUUAUUAUAAUUGGCCUUAAAUUGGGCUCAAUUUGAUAAAGAAACUUGAUUAUAAUUCUGGGAAAUAAAAUUCCAACUAAAAAUUCAUCUGCUUAGUAAAUAGACUACUUAUUGAUCAAAGAAAUUUUUCUGAUAAUCAUGAAAAAUUAGUUAAAUUCUAUUCUGAAUCAAAGGAAAAAAUAAUAGCAGACUAGGUUUUGGAAUUUAGUUUACAAAAGCUCAGGCAUCUUGUAAAUAAAUGUGACUAUUUAUAAAUUUAAAGUAAUAAUAAAAGUGGGGAACAAUACGGUGAUAUAUCUAUUUCAAUUGAUGGACUACCUAUUUUAUUAAUGCUUAAAACUCCAUAAGGUUAAUUUUUAGAUAGCAAUUAAAAAAAUCAGCCUUUACAAGUAACAGCAAAUAUUGAACUGGAUUUUGAUAAUUAAAACUAUCUAAUGCUGAACUGCUAGAAUACAAUUAGAUUAAAUGUCUAAGGUUAAUUAAAUAAUGUUCAACAAAUCAGAUUAUCAUUUCCUUUCAAAUAGUCACCAGCAUCAAUUCAGAUCUUGGAAUUCGAAUUGAGAUCACUUAAAGAAUAAGAUAAAAAUAUUUCUCAAUUAAAAGAAUUCUAUUAAAUUCAAUAAAGUACUAUAAAUUUCAAGCAUGAUGAUUUUCACAUUACUGACAAGACUUAGUUGAUUAUUUUAUUCGAUUUAAGAACUCUAAAAGACUUUGAAUCUCUUAGACCGUUCAUAAAUACUAAAUAGCAACUUAAACUUUCAAUCGAUAUUUUGCAUGGAAAUGAUAAAGCAACUUCUUUAAAUGAAACUAGCUCAUUAUAGCCAUAAAGCCUGAGCUUAAAUAAGAAUUAAAGUGAGUAAUCGAGUGGUCCGCCAAUAAAUAAAAUGGAAAAAUAUCAUAAAUCUUUUAAGUUAUAUGUCAUCGAUGCUUUUGAUAUUCAGCUCUUACAUAAUAAUAAAGUCUGUAUCAUUAAAAAUUUAAGUUUUCAAAAGUUUAUGGCUGAAAAUGUCAAAAUAAUUUCAGAAAAGGAUGUGGUUGAAGAGCACAAAAUAGAUUUAAAUAAUCAUGAUAAGACUUUGGCAAAGAUUCUAGAGCAUAGAUUUCUGUUAAAAUAAAAAUUGGAAAAGAAUUAAAACUUGAGAGUUGAGGUUUAAUUACUAGAAAUAAGAAAUAAGAGAUAAAUUAACUAUCAAAAAAUUAUUCAAAAGUCAUCAGAAUUAAUGUUGAAACCACAACUUAAAACUACAAAAGAAGAAAAAUUCGUGGUCAAAUAUAAAAUUACAGAAGCAGAAAAUUUGAAUGCAAUGUAUAGGAAAAUCUUGAUAUCUUACUCUAUUUUGAAUGAGAAAAAUUUUGACAGUGCAGAAUUCAAUCAAGAUUAGGUUAAUUUGCCAAAUCUUGUUAUUUUAGAUCAGCACAAGAAAAAGUUUACUGAUAACUAAUUUGAAAUAGUAUGCUUAAUAAGCAAUCAAUUUGAUUUAUCUCUGCUAUCAUUAGGAGAUAUCCCACGACCAGUUUUAUUUGUGAGUGAUUUAAAAGAAGCUUUUGAAGAAUCUCAUUAUUAUUUAGAAAGAAUUAUUUGA